GUCACCAGACACACAGGCUGGAGUCGUCGGAUGAAAACAAACUGCUGCGGAGAGAAAAGGAUGGAACACACACGGAUUUAUCUGACCAGUAUUAGCUAUUUUAAUUAUAAUUACUCGAGUUUAGCCUGAUAGCAAACGAAUCUCUUUAAAAAAAAUAAAAAUAAUUAAAAAAAAAAAAUCCUGCUGUGUGACGUCACAGAGAACCUGCUGCUAAGGGUUUUUUUUUUCCUGAAGGAAGGAGCGCUCGAGCCUAUCGAACGCCUUGGUCCUGCCCACUGCUUUCCGCUUGACGUCACUGCAGGACACUUUCACGCGCUGUGCGCUUGUAAACAGAUCCUCCCACGUGACCGAGUGAGCAGCAGCAGCAGCAGUGCGCGAGCCCAGUCGGCGCUUGCAUUGUCCUCUCUGGCUGCAGGACACAAAAGGCAACAAACAAGAAAACAACAACAACAACAACAACAAGCGCGAACAGAGUGUUUAAAAAAAAAUAAACAAGCAGGUAAUUGAGAGAACAGGUGGAGAGGAGAAUAAAGGAAAGGAAAAGAAAAGAAAGGAUGAGGAUGAAGCUUGAGUAUCGCACGGGCCGGAAUCAGAAGUGUGCGCGAGAUGUUUAUUUUAAUCCCCGGUUGUUUUGUAGUUUAGAAGUUUGACGUCUUUUUUCUUUAAAUUAACGUCACGUGAUAACGGAUCCGUUUCACAGCCACACCAGCCGUCCGACACGGAUUCGUUCGUUCGUUCUUUUCUUUUUAUUAAAAACAAAAAACCCUGGGGUUUGUUUAAAGCUCGUGAUUAGCCGCGGUUAGCUUAUUAGCUAACCGUCAGAUGUCAUUCACAAUGGAGGAGUCUUUAGAGUCCGGUUGGGUCUCAGUCAGGCCGAACGUGUUCGAGGAAAAAGAGAAGCACAAAUUCGUUUUCAUCGUGGCCUGGAACGACAUCGAGGGCAAGUUUGCGGUCACGUGCCACGACCGGACGGUGCAGAAGCGGCUCGCGGCUCGCGACUCGGUGGCGGAGGAAGAGGAGGCGGCGGUGGACAGGCGUCCCGUGGCCUCGUUGAAGAGCUCGAGACAGAAAGGCUGCGAGAAACCCCAAACCUUCACGCGCAGCCCGAGCAGAACCGCAGCGCUCAGUGCUGACAUCGAGGUUCUCGAACCGGCCGCCGAUGCGCGCGCUCUGGACGACCCGGACAACAUGCAUUCCGUCGGGGACUCGAGCUGGGCCGGCCUGUUCUCCUUCCAGGACCUGCGCGCGGCUCAUGCGCAGCUCUGCGCGGUCAACUCGGACCUCGAGCCGUGCCUGCCGCCGUUCCCCGAGCAGGACCAGCAGUCGGCUGUGUUUUGGUCGGUGCUCUUUGGUGUCCCGGAGGUCACGCGGCAGGACACCGAGGCGCUCUGCUACCAGCUGCAGGUGUACCUGGGUCACGCGCUGGACACGUGCGGCUGGAAGAUCCUGUCCCAGGUGCUGUUCGCGGACGGAGACGAUUCCGAGGAGUACUACGAGAGUCUCAGCGAGCUGCGGCAAAAGGGCUACGAGGAUGCGCUACAGAGGCAGAAAAAGCGCCUGCACGAGCUGUUGGAGAAGCAGCGAGGAAUGGAGAGCAUGGUGGAGCUCCUGCAGUUGUACUCGGAGCAGGACGAGGCGUACGGCGAUCUGGUGGAAGCCACCACUGAACUCUACCACUACCUGCUGCAGCCCUUCCGGGACAUGCGAGAGCUUGCCAUGCUGCGCCGACAACAAAUAAAGAUCUCUCUGGAGACGGAGUAUCUGGGUCCACGCCGGGUCGAGGCAUUCCGGAGAGAGGAUGAGGAUUGGCAGAGGAAGGCCCACACCGCAGUGCUGUCUAUCCAGGACCUCACUGUGAAGUACUUCGAGACCACGGCGCGAGCACAGAAAGUGAUGUACGAGCGCAUGCGAGCGGACCAGAGGAAGUUCGGGAAGGCGGCGUGGGGCGCAGCAGUGGAGCGCAUGGAGAAGCUGCAGUAUGCUGUUUCCAAGGAGACGCUGCAGCUGAUGCGUGCGAAAGAGAUCUGCCUGGAACAGAGGAAGCAUGGGCUGAGAGAGGAGAUGCAAGGCCUACAGGGUGGUGAGGAUGCGAUGGCACGCCUGGACCAGUUAGAGGCGCUGUAUUAUGAGUUGCAGCUGCAGCUCUACGAAAUCCAGUUCGAGAUCCUGAAGUACGAGGAGCUGUUACUGACUGCGCAGCUGCAGAGCCUGCGCAGACAGAUGACCGAGAGGCAGGACGAAGUGGUUUACUACGACACGUACGAAAGUCCCGACGCCCUACAGGCCACUGACGACGCGUCUCUCUCUCCUGCGCCUCUGAGAGACGAGGUCACCCAGCUGCAGCAGAGGACGCGGCAGCUCGAGGCCAGAAGGGGACGCAUCACUGCCAAGAAAGCCUACCUCAAAACCAAAAAGGAAAUCUGCAUUGUCAAUCACACCCAGAAACUGCAGCAGCGUCAGAGCAGCCAGGACCAAAACUCCCAGCAUGCUUUGCGUCAGCAGGAUGAAGAAGAAGAGGAGGAGGUGAGGAACACACGAGUCAGCCAGGAGAGACAGAAGACAUUAGACAGACUGCGCAGCUUUAAACAGCGCUACCCAGGCCAGGUCACCCUGAAGUCCACACGCCUUCGGUUGGCACACGCGAGAAAGAAAAACGGCGCUGCGCAAACAACUGCGAAAGCGGGCCAGCCCCAGACGCAGGUGGCGAGCGUGCAGACGGACGACGCCCCGGCUUCACUGAAAGACUCCACCGCUGUCCCGGAGCUCCACAGACCCGAAGGAUUCAUGUCUUUACCCUCAAACAUCCCACCCAUCCCAGAAACACUCGGGCCGUCCUCCCUGCCCCCGCUCACUGAGCGAAACGUUCUGGACUCAUCCACUUCUCCCAUCUCUCCUCCUCCUCCACCUCCUCCUCCUCCACCCCCUCCUCCCUCUCUGGAGGACACGCCCGGGCCGGCACAAGGCCGAGGACAGGAACAAGCAAGCAGCCCCGUGUCUCAACCCAAAGCGGAAAGUCCUCUCGGCCCGUUCUCCGCUCGCUUCUUCGACAGCAGUCAGCUGGUGAACGCGCGCAAGAAGCUGAGGAAGACGUCCUCUCUGGAGUCGUCUCAAUGGAGGAGAGCUUCUUCUCCUAUGGACGAAGUCUUGGCCAGCCUGAAGCGUGGGAGUUUCCACCUGCGCAAAGCCGAACUGCGCGUUCUCGCUCCGGAUCCAGACCAGGAUGACGGGAACAACAUCCUGGCUCAGAUCCGGCGCGGCGUGAAGCUCAGGAAGGUACGGUGUCACGAGCAGCAGCGCUGCACAGAAUCCAGCGACCCGCUCACGCGCAGCAUCCACGAAGCCCUGCGCCGCAUCAAAGAGGCUUCGCCCGAGUCGGAGUCUGAGGACGAGGGGCUGCCAUGCACCGACUGGGAAAGCUAGAUCACUCCGUACACACACACACACACACACACACACACACACACACACACUUUACUGACCAGUGUAUAUAUUCAUAUAUGCACACAUCAGACACUUUUAAGAUCGUGAAAUUCCAACGCAGCACUGCUCGGGCUCAUCAUGGCCGUCAGGUUUAUGAAGGAAAAGCAUUGAAUAUGUUGUUUUGAAGUCAUGUGCCCAGGACACGGGCCUUGUUACAAACCGCUAAGUCAGGCUCAGACCACUGACCACACUGGGCUUAAAAAGCACAACCUUCAUAUGUGCAGUCUCUCUCUCUCUCUCUCUCUCUCUCUCUCUCUCUCUCUCUCUCUCUCUCUCUCUCUC